CAAAUCAAAAUUGAAGAACGAGAAGUAGAAUCUCAAUCGAAGUUGGGUUGGUCAAACUUUUACGCCCCUUCUGGGAACAUAAUCUAACAUAUCAACAUUUUCCAUUAAUUUACUCUCACAAAUUAUAUAGAUAUAGAUUUAGAUACAUACAGAGAGAGAGAGAGAGAGAGAGAGCCAGUAUUCUUUCGAGAGUAUGGAGAGAAAAGUAAAAAAAAAAAAAAAAGUUGGGUAAGGUGAAGAAAACCUAGUAUUAAUAUUUCAAUUUACACUUAUUAUCACUUCAUAUCUCUCAUAAAUGUGUACAUACAAUUUAAAUAGUUUCUCUUUAUGUCAUUACGCCCAUUUAACAAUGAGAACAGCAGAUUCCCAAUCAUCCCCUCCACCCUAAAGGAAACACCCAUAAUUGCACCCAACAAUAAUACUAAUACAACCAUAAAAACCUGAGCUCUAGCUAUAGUACUCUACUAUACACUCCUAUAUAUAUAUAUAUAUAUAUCCUAAUAUUAAUCAUAUCAUAUAUAUAUAUACCCACUUCCUCUCUUUUAAACAAUAACUCCUCUUAAUUCUCAAAAAAAAAAAAAAAAAAAACAAUAACUCCUCUCCCCUAUCUUUUUUCCAAUAUCAUUCUUUUCAAACUAUAUAUAUAUAACUACUCUACCAUAUAAUAAUAUAUAACACACUCUUUCUCUCUCUCUUUUCUUAUUUUCUUUUCUGAUGAUAUUAUGGAUCCUGCUAAUUCAUUGAGCACCACCAAUUCAGUAAGUGGGUUUUACAAUCUUCUGACUCGAGAACUCAACAAUCUGAACCAGUCAUUCCUCUCCCAUAACAACAACUUGAUGUCACUCCAGUUCCUCCAACAAGUCCUCUCCUCCCUCCAGUUCGCCAAUUCCCAGUUGACCGUUCUCGUUCAGAAGCUCCACUUGCCCACCGGCGACAAAUGGCUCGACGAGUACAUGGACGAGAGCUCUCGUCUCUGGGAAGCCUGCCACCUCCUCAAGUCCGGCGUCUCCGCCAUCGAAACCUACGUCUCCGCCGCCAACAACAUCGUCUCCGCUCUCGACAAUAAUCCUCAUCGCCAUUUCAGUCCCGCAAUGUCUCGCCAGGUUAUACGGGCAAUAAGUAUUUGCCAAAGGGAAACGGUGGGUUUGGAAGAGGACAAUAGAGUGUUGAUGGAAACAAGAAUUCAGCCAUUGUUAUCGCUCUGCGAUCUUAACGAGAAUGUUCCAAUGGAUUCGAAGUUCAAUGGGUUCGGCGGUUUUCGCGGUGUUCUUCACGCAAUGAGGAAAGUCAGCUCAUUGUUACUGCUCAUUUUGCUUAACGGACUCGUGUUUUGUUGGCCUGAAUUAUUCAACUUCGAUCACCAUCAUCAUCAUCAUCAUCAAGGUGAUGGUUAUGGAGGACUUAACAACAACAUGUUAGUUAUGGGCUCGGAAGGAUUUACGGUUUCCAUGUCGAGAUUGAGGCAAAGAGUUGGGAGCAUUAUGGAGCAAUACUUCGUCGACGGACCGCACACGGCGGCUGGAAUCAUUCUCUACGAGUUCCGGGAAUCGAAAUCUGCCAUGGAAGAGCUCAAAGGAGAGCUCGAAAGAAUGGUGGAGUUUGAAGUGGGUGAUGAUGAUGAUCGCCGUAACAUUCAAGAGAGAAUUGAUAAAUUGAAAAGAGGAUUUGGGUUGUUAAGAAAUGGGGUUGAGACUAUAAUUGGACAGCUUGACGAUUUCUUUGAUGAAAUAGUUGAAGGAAGAAAGAAGCUUUUGGACAUGUGCUCUUCUCACCAUCACCAUCAUCACCAUCAUAAGUAGAAUAGGCUAAUAAUUAAUAAUAAGCCCUAGCUAGCUAGUUAGAGAUCGUGAGAAAAAUGAAAGACAACAAAAGAAGAAAAAAAAACCAAAUUAAUUAUCUAAAAAAAGAAUAUGGAAGAUUUAAUGUUCA